GCAUUAGUAUCAUUCUGUUCACAACCUGACCAUCACCACCAUCACCAUCAUUACCAUCAUCAUCAUCAUCAGUCAUGAUCUCUCGUGGUCUCCUGCUGGUUCUGCUGGUUCUCACCUGCCUUCAGUCUUUUACAAUGGCUGAGAACUCAAUUGGACCAGCAACAUGCUGUUUCAGUUACCAGAGAACUCCAAUCCCUAUCAGAGUCAUUACAGGGUAUAAAGUAACAGACCGUCAGUGUACAAAACCUGGAGUCAUCUUUACUCUGAAGAGCAGCCGUCAGGUGUGUGUAGAUCCUGAAGUCAAGUGGGUGCAGAAACACAUGGAAAAAAUUGACCAGAUACUGAACGAAAUUGAAUCGAGUGUUUAAAGCGUCUCUCUAAUGAGUAAUUCAUAUUAAUACAGAAUUCACUUUUUCUGUAGUUCAGCAGGAAGAAUCUUUUUUACAUUAUAUAUUAAAUCAUAAAUUGAGCCCAGGAUCAUUUAUAUGAUUUAUACUUCGACUAUAUAUAUAUAAUACAUCUAGUAAAUCUUCUCAAUAGUACUUCCUGCUACCAUCCCUUCUUUUUCCUCUUUUCCUUUAUUCUAUAAGUAAUGUGAGUUUUCUAAUCAGACACAAUACAGUUAACGACU